AUAAUGCGUAAAUUAUAAAAUUUCAUAAACAUUCAAAUAAUGAAACGUCAGUGCGAUGUCCAUACGGACGUUCCAUUGUGCACACCUGGUUUUGUUUACAUACAUCAACGGUUCGUUCCAGCACAAGCGAAAGCUGAACUGCAUUUUCUACGCCGUUGCACUCACGCAGGCUAAGUGUGUCAGUAUUAAAACAUAUAAAAAAGACUAAGUGUUUACUGUUCUAUACGGGUUCGGUACGGUCGCUGGCGUCAUUUUGUUGUUCGAUGCUUAUCAUCCGCUUUUGGAUCUGCAGCGCAGCUACCUUAGCUACUAGAGUUACUGCCACACAAAACCACCAGUCAAACGAAGAGGUGGUGCCAGCAGCAUUUACGUAUCGGUGAAAGUGACCAGAAGGUGUGCAGCAAACAGUACCCAUCCAUUCACAUUCCAGUGAGAUAGGUCGCAAUAGUCAUAGAAUAGAAAGAAUCGCAGUAACGAUUCGGUCUCCUAGCAUUCGGAAGAGGAGGGACGGUCUCACGGUCCAGGUGACCGCGAAACGUCCACUUGAUGCGCUUUUCGUUUCGUCCUUUUUCGCAUAAUAGUGGCGUAAUGCUCGAUUUCAGCUUUACGCUGUUUGUGUCCGUACUGCUCGGGCUCGGUUUGAUGUGGCUCGCUGGACGGUACUUCCUGAAGGAGGAUGUCGUUUACAUACCGGACAACUGUCGACGGCAUGCGUGGAAAUCGGUGAAACUUCUGUCGCGAAGCUGCGUGUGUUCCGUCUGUGAUACAUCGAUGUCCUCGAAUGGACACUUUUGUGAAAGUUGUGGCGUUUGCUCGGACAACGGGUGCGUCCGAAAGGCGGAUGAAAAGUUCCCUUGCAAGCAGCUACGCAUACGUACGCGGGCAGACGAUGGUUCCACCAGCCGACAUCUGUGGGUGCAGGGUAAUUUGCCGCUCGGGUCGGAAUGUUGCGUGUGUAAGGAGGACAUCGACCAGACGAGCGAGCUCGGUCUGUUCGGACAGCGAUGUGCCUGGUGUCAGCGGAUGGCACAUGACAAGUGUUUUAGCGAAGUUUCCUCUACGUUGUGUGACUUUGGACCGUUCAAGGAAAUGAUUUUCCCGCCGAAAUGUAUACUCGCCGCGCGUAGUAAGGUCGCUCAGAAGGUUCAUCUGACGGGAAUUAUCCCACCCGAGUGGAAGGCUAAUUGGCGUCCGCUGAUCGUUGUCGCUAAUUCGAAAUCCGGCAGCAGUGGAGCCGACCAAGUGGUGGCACUGAUGCGUGGCAUCCUUCAUCCGCUGCAGGUGUUCGAGCUGGGUCAGCAUGGACCGCACGAGGCAUUGCAGUGGGCUAUUCAUGCUGCACCGACCCGUUGUCGUAUACUGGUUGCCGGUGGUGACGGUACAGUAGGCUGGGUGUUGAACACCAUUUUGCAGAUGAAGGUGGAACCACAUCCAGAGGUGGCCAUACUGCCGCUCGGUACCGGCAAUGAUUUGUCCCGUGUGCUUGGAUGGGGUGCGGAAGGACCGGACGAGUUCGAUCCGAUCGACUACCUGACUCGUAUCGCUCAAGCCGAAACGGUACAGCUGGAUCGCUGGUUGGCGGAAAUCAAUACACAUUCCAGCUUGGCCAGGUUUCAUGUGCCCGGGUUUAGCCAGUCACGCCACUUCUACAUGUACAACUAUCUCAGUGUCGGGGUGGAUGCACUGGUGACACUGAAUUUUCACAAGGCUCGGGAAAGUUCGUUCUACGUUUUCAGCAGUCGGUUUGUGAACAAGCUUCUGUAUCUUUGCUUCGGAACGCAGCAAGUAGUGCAGCAGGAUUGCGUGGAGCUGGAAAAGCAUCUCGAUCUGUAUCUGGACGGUGUGCGUAUCGAUUUACCCUCGCUGCAAUCCGUCGUCGUCCUUAACAUCGAUUCCUGGGGUGCCGGUGUGAAGCUGUGGGAGAUGAGCAAGAAUUCACCCACCCACAGUAUAAUGAAGGAAAUUCACAGUAUUUCCGAUGGCAUUUUGGAGGUGUUCGGUGUGGUUUCAUCCUUCCACAUUGCCCAACUGCAGGUUGGCCUCAGCAAACCGGUUCGCCUGGGACAGGCAAAAAGUGUGCGAAUUGUACUCAAACGAACGCUUCCGAUGCAGGCGGAUGGUGAGCCGUGGAUGCAAUCACCCUGUGAUAUUAAUAUUCAACAUUACGGCCAAGCGACAAUGCUGAAAGACGUAAAGAAAUAAGCAGUUUACUGAAAACUGCCAUCAUUACUGGCUGUCGGUUGUGUUUGAUCAACUGAACGCCAUUGAACGGUGUGACGCCGUUUUGUUAGCAACAACACCACCUAAAGAAUCUCUCGUAACUCGCUCCAUGUUAUUGCCGUUUGCAGUGGUUUCAUAUGGCAGAAUGGGAAUUGAAGUAAGUUUGUCCCGGGUUAAUAUCCAUUGUUGAAUCGUGCGUAAACAAGUAUGUGUGUUUUGUGUGAGAUAUUAUAUAUGUAAUUUGCUUUUGCUUAAAAAUCGAGUGCAAACCAGUUUUGCAGUUUGUGAUCGAAUACUCCACCAAUACUUAUAACUAUACAAAUAAGAACCGGUUAAGUUACAAUGAUUAACCCUCCAUAAUGUUUGAACCCGUUCCGAAUGUUACAGCAGAUCUAUCUGUUAAGCUUAAUCUAAUAAUUAAGAGUACUUCCUAGCACGCGCCAACUUACUCGUACCGUUGAACGAGUCUUAAUUACGUAUUGAUCUCAAAAA